AUGCGCAUCUGCGUGGUCGUCGUGCGGCCGGAAAGCCUGUGUCGUCCAGACAAUGCGGCCGCAUGUUCACCUCCAAGACUGGCUGCUAGCCGGCCUGUUGCCGCCCUCGUCUGCGCUCAUGCCGACCGGCCGGGCCAGUCGGUUCAGGCAGCGGCCAACGCCCAAGUUGGAACGAGACUGGGCUCAACUUGCCCACAGGCCCGGCUGGCCGGGCAUAAGGCUUUUUACACGGACCAGGCCGGGCGCAGCCACGGAUUACGACGGAAGCCCACGUCUGACCGGCCCAGGACUGGGUGA